GGUAAAGAUAAUCAAAUCAAGACAUUAAGGUGAAAGUGUUUUAAAAGAAGGACCUUUAUCGGAAUAAGGGUGAGGAGAUGGAGAAUGAUGAUAUGGAGUUAGGCCUUUCUGAAAAUGUCGAGAAUGUUAUUGGGGUUGGUGGGGAGUUAGCUUUACAGGCAUCUGAUGGGACGGGGAAUAUCACGACACUUGAUUUUGAUAUUGAAAAUGGGAAGAAUAGUGAUGAGGGAUUUGCUCUUGGUGGCGAAGGCGAAGUGAAGGGAGAUUUCUUGAAGUGGGUAAAUAAGGUGGAGGCAAGGUGGGCUGCCGUUGGUGGUAGUAAAUGUCAGGAACGGAAACCAGACGUUGACUUGAAUUUGGGCUUGGGUUUUGAGCCUUCAUCAUCAUCAUCAUCAUCAUUGGCUCUGCCAACAGCACUUGCUAUGGAAAGAGAUACUUUUGAGUAUGAGCAGAAUAAACGGCCCAAGAUUCAAUCUUUUCCUCUGUAUUGGGGCAGCAAUUUUGAGAAUAGAAUUCAUUGCACUGGCUCGGUGAAUGAGAAGAUCGGUGUUACGGAUGUGCCUGAUCUGCGUGUUUCUGAAAGUGAUGGUGGAAAUAAUAGUGAUCCAUUAAAAUUGGGUGAUUGUUCAGAAAUGCGUAUGGAUCUUACUGAUGACUUACUGCAUAUGGUUUUCUCAUUCCUGGACAACAUUGACCUUUGCUCCGUGGCAAGUGUUUGUCGGCAAUGGAGGGAUGCAAGUUCUCAUGAAGACUUUUGGCGUUACUUGAAUUUUGAGAAUCGACCAAUAUCUGAACAUCAAUUUUGGAACAUGUGUCGGCGAUAUCCAAAUGCUAAUGCAGUUAAUCUUUAUGGUACUCCUGCUAUCAAUCAACUUGGGAUGAAAGCAAUCCGUUCACUAAGAAAUCUUGAGGUCUUAACCCUAGGCAACAGCCAACUAGGCGAGAAAUUUUUUAAAGUGCUCACAGAUUGCCGCAAGUUGAGGAGUUUGACCAUCAAUGAUGCUACUUUGUGUAAUGGCACUCUGGAUGUUUCCGUUGAUCAUGAUAGCUUGCGUGAUCUUCAGAUUGUGAAGUGUCGUAUUUUUCGUGUUACCAUCAGGUGUCCCCAACUUGAGAUCUUGUCUUUGAAGAGAAGUAGUAUGCCACAUGCUAUUCUCAGCUGCCCCCUUUUGCGGGAGCUCGAUAUAGCAUCUUGUCACAAGCUCUUGGAUACCUCGAUUCGUGCAGCAGCAGCUUCGUGCCCGCUCUUGGAAUCGUUGGAUAUGUCAAAUUGCUCGUCCAUCAUUGAUGAGACAAUACGAGAAAUAGCUAUGUCUACUGGAAAUCUUCGUUUUCUCGAUGCUUCAUACUGCCCAAAUGUUGCUCUUGAAUCUGUGAUACUGCCAAUGUUGAAAGUUCUCAAGCUUCACAGCUGUGAGGGAAUUACUUCAGCUUCAAUGGCUGCUAUACGACAUAGUUCAAUGUUAGAGGUUCUUGAGCUUGAUAAUUGCAGUUUAUUGGCAUCAGUGUCUUUGGAUCUCCAACGCCUACAGAAAAUAAGGCUUGUACACUGCCGCAAAUUGAUAGAUUUAAAUUUAAGGAGCAGUGUGCUGUCAUCAAUUACAGUUUCGAAUUGUCCUUCUCUCCAAAGGAUCGACAUUGCAUCGGCUGUUCUUAGUAAAUUAGUUUUGCAAAAGCAAGAAAGUUUGACCAUGUUAUCAUUGGAAUCCCCUUGCUUGGAAGAAUUAGACCUCAGUGAGUGUGAAUCCUUGAAGAGUUCCAUUUGCGAAAUUUUCAAUACUGGCGGCGGCUGUCCUGCAUUGAGAUCAUUGAUUCUCGAUAAUUGCGAGAGUUUGACAGAAAUGAGUUUCUGCAGUACGUCUUUGGUUAGCGUUUCACUUGGUGGUUGCCGUGCAAUGACUUCUCUUGAUCUCAACUGUCCGCAUCUCAAGAAUAUAUCGUUAGAUGGCUGUGAUCAUCUCGAAAGAGCAAAAUUUUCACCUGUUGGUCUGAAGUCAUUAAAUCUGGGCAUAUGUCCUAAACUAACCGUACUUCAUCUUAAAAGCACCGAGAUGGUGUCACUUGAAUUGAAAGGAUGCGGUGUAUUAUCUGAGGCUUUUAUUGGUUGCCCUCUUCUUACAUCCCUUGAUGCAUCUUUCUGCAGCCAACUCAAGGAUGACUGCUUAUCAGCCACGACUUUAUCUUGCCCAAUUAUCGAGUCUUUGGUGCUUAUGCAAUGUCACUCUGUGGGCCCUGAUGGACUUUCGUCUCUGAGCUCUCUUCAGAGCUUGACCUAUCUUGAUCUGUCAUACACCUUUUUGGUUCAUUUGCAGCCUGUAUAUGACUCGUGUUUGUAUUUGAAGGUUUUGAAACUGCAAGCCUGCAAGUACCUUAGUGACACAUCACUGAAGCCUCUGUACAAAGGCAAUGCACUCCCAUCACUCUCUGAACUGGACUUGUCUUACGACUCUCUUUGUCAGACGGCAAUAGAAGAAUUGGUAGCCUGCUGUGCUCGUUUGAGCCGCAUCAGCUUGAAUGGCUGUAUCAACAUGCACGACUUGGAUUGGACCACAAUUUCUGGAGCCAAUCGGCUGCUUCAGAACUUGAACUGUGUCGGGUGCUCGAAUAUCAAGAAAGUGAUUGUUCCUCCUUAUUCGGGAUGCAUCCACCUCUCAUCCUUAAACCUCUCUCUUUCUUAUAACUUGAGGGAGGUUGAUUUGUCGUGUCCCAAUUUGUUACUACUUAAUUUGAGCAACUGCUACUCCUUGAAGAUUCUGAAGCUCCACUGUCCGAGAUUGAGCAGUCUUUUUCUUCAGUCUUGUAGCAUAAGCGAGGAUGCCAUGGAAGCUGCCACUAGGGACUGUAAUAUGCUUGAGACGCUCGAUAUCCGUUUCUGCCCAAAAGUGAUAUCAACAUCAAGCAUGGUAAAGUUACGAGCAUCAUGCCCGAGCUUGAAGCGCAUAUUCAACAGCCUUGUACCACCAUGAUACAAAUCAUACUCAGAUACUCUGUAAGAUGCUGUAAUAUACUGAUUUUUUUUUUUUUUCUCUUUUUUUUUUGGCUUCUUUUUUCUUUUUUGGUUAUUUCUUCUCACAGUACCAAAUUGUGUUUGGUUGGAUUGUUUUAUGAAUUGUGGACAAGCACUUUCAUAGGAUUACAGGAUUGUCUUGUAAUUUCCUUGUCAUUCUUUUUUCUUUUUUCUUUUUUUGGCUUUCUAUCUCCAAAGAUUAUUAUGUCAGAAGAGUACAGAUCAAAACAUUAGGAUGGAACCUGUUUUCAGGCAAUAAAAACCGCAAAAUAAAUGGAUUUUUGAUUGCACAUUUUAAAUGACCACUGGACAUUAACAGCUUGACAACUGAAUUUAAUGUAGGCUGCCAAAGCUGUUCUGACAAGAUAGUGAUAGGAGAGUUAGAACCUAAUUGGAUUGCAGUCAUUGAAUUUUUUUUAUCCUUAGAUUAAUAUGCAUAAUAUCCACA